GCAUGUGGCGGGCGCUGGCGGGGGCGCGGCGGCUCCUGCGGCCGAUCGGGGCCGCGGCCGGGGGCGCCCCGCGGGCGGAGCCGCCACCCCGGGCCCCGCCGGGUCGGGGCUGCGCGGCGGCGGGAGGCGGAGCCGGGCCCGGGGCGCUGGGGGCGGCGGAGCGGCGCCAGCCGGCAGAUACUGUUCUUCCAAAGUUCAACAUCGACUUGGUUGUAGCACUGCUGAGGCAAGAAAAUGCUAAAGACAUCUGUGUCAUCCAGCUAUCUCCAGAAAUAAAAUACUGUGAUUAUUUUAUAAUUGUGAGCGGAUUUUCAACACGGCAUCUUCAUGCAAUGGCAAAUUACAUGCUGAAAAUGUACAAGCAUCUCAAAGAAGAAGGUGGACCUAAUACUCAGAUUGAAGGAAAACAGACAGAUGACUGGCUGUGCAUUGAUUUUGGUAACAUAGUGGUGCAUUUCAUGCUGCCAGAGACACGAGAAGUUUAUGAACUGGAGAAGCUGUGGACUCUUGGUCCCUACGAUGACCAGUUAGCACAGAUGACUCCAGAGUCCCUGCCAAAAGACUUUAUAUUUGGAUUGAUGCCUGACAGCAGUGAUCAUCUUGAGACAAGAACUUAAAGCAGCUACUGCACGGAAAGGGAAUGAGUGUGCCUGAGUCAUACAGCCUUGAGAACUGAGUAGUCAGUACUGUUGAUCUGUACAAAGCAGUGUUUUUAUCGGAUGUGCCUAGGUAGAUAUCUGAACAAGCUAAAGUGAGCAGAAUUACAGAAUCACUAAGAUUGGAAAAAACCCUUAAGAUAAGAGUCCAACCAUGAAAUGCCAAAGAAGGAAUCCUACCAGAGCUUCCCAAGGGAGCUGCUGUCCUAGUGGAGUUUGCAGUAAGAAGAGUGGAGCAAAGACAGCUGCUUAGGCUGGAACUCAUGCUCAGCCUCUAGAGGAAUUGUUUUUCUAAUGGUUUUGAAAGACACCCUGUAGUGGCAGUGCAAAACAGACUGGAGUGCUGCGAGGGAAAACUGAAACAGUACAGUUGAGACGAUGCUUCUUGUGUUAAGCCAUUUGCUUCUGGUCGCAAUAAAGCCAGUCAUGGUCUGAAGGGGGGACAAGUGGGAGUUACUGGUGUUACUGAGAACAUAAAAUCCAAGAGCAACAGUGACAAAUAAAUGUGCUUUGAGUUAUCAGAACAGUAAAUCAGUUUUCCAACCAAGGCAAACCUGGUUUUAAUAAUAAUAAAAAAGCCCCAAACUGAA